AUGGAUAAUAUUGAAGAUGCAGCUUCGCCCAAGCCUAGUGGUGUGAAUGAGACGGAGCCGCUUCUGCAACGACGGGCAUCUGGCGGAUCACAACAGAGCCAACAGCUGACGAAGCAACUCACUACCCGCCAUGCGUUCGCUGUGCUUGUCACCCUCCAAAUAGGAUCAGGAAUUUUUGCCUCGCCUGCUCAGGUGGACAGCAACGUACCUUCGCCUGGAGCAGCCUUACUCGUAUGGAUCCUGGGUGGUCUCUUGUCAUGGGCUGGUGCUGCAUCAUUUGCAGAGCUCGGUGCCGCACUUCCUCUCAAUGGAGGCAUGCAGGAAUAUUUACGCCAUGUAUACGGAGACACAGCUGCUUUUCUAAUGGCCUGGAUCUAUAUCGUCGCAGUCAAGCCCUCAUCAAUGGCAAUACAGAGCAUUGUCAUUGCAGAAUCGAUCGGCUCGGUAGGGUCUGUUCAAGUCGGCAACCCCGAAAGCGCGACGCUGCUUAAAAUUAUUGCAGCAAUCAGCUUUGUACUCAUGGUUUUGCUCAACUCUAUCAACACCAGGUUCACGCUACGGCUCAGCGAAUCCUUUACUGUCUUCAAGAUAGGCACCGUCGGUCUGAUAGUACUGGGAGGACUCGUGGCUGUUAUUGCUCACUUUGUGAAUCCUCAUUCGUCUCUGUCAGGAUCUAGUGAUUGGUACUCGAAGAACUGGUUCGACAGUAGGCCAACUACAUCCAACGGACAUACUAUCGACUGGACGUCCAUGGGUGCGUGGGACCGGUAUGGCCAUUACUGUGCAGCAAUUUAUGGUGGGCUUUGGGCUUAUGACGGUUGGGACAACGCGAAUAUUGUCGCGAGCGAGAUUCGUGACCCUGGGCGUGCACUGCCGCAAGCCAUCAAGGCCGCCAUGAUCGUGGUACUAAGCUCCUUCGAACUUGUCAACAUUGCGUACUAUGUGCUUCUGCCAUGGCACCAGAUCAGUGCCAACAACGCUGUAGCUGUUUCAGCUGCCUCUGCACUCCUUGGUCGCCCUGCUGGCAUUGCCAUUACACUUUUGGUGGCUGUAUCAUGUGCUGGGUCGAUCACAAGUAACGUCUUCUCUGUCGGCAGGCUCACAAUAGCUGCAUCGCAGAGGAACUAUCUUCCUGCGAUGUUCAGCAAACGAGGUUUGCCUAAUAACAGGCCAUCAGAGGAGCAGGAAGAGAGGAUCUCGGUCUUUGAUGCACCACUGUAUGUCAACUAG